AUGUCUUCCUCCCCCGAGUACCGUGCUGGCAAGCGGCCCCCCACAAGCCUUCCUGUGCAGAAGUCCUUUUUUUCAACAAAUUACGGUGUUCUGACCAGGCAAUCCAACAUGACAGGUACCCAGUCGUUGCCUCCUCCAGCCCUGCCGCAGCUGGUUGCUGAGCAGCAUGUGCCUAUCCCCCCAACCGACAAGAACACCAAGCGCCUUAUCGUCGUCCUCUCUAAUGCCAGCCUCGAAACCUACAAGGCCUCGCACGGCGGCGCUGGUCGUAUGGGCAUGCAAAGGGAGGAUAAGUACUCCUUGCUCAACAGCGACGAACACAUUGGCGUCAUGCGCAAGAUGAACAGGGACAUCAGUGAUGCCCGUCCAGAUAUCACUCAUCAGUGCCUAUUGACCCUUCUCGACUCGCCGGUGAACAAGGCAGGGAAACUCCAGAUCUAUAUUCAAACAGCCAAGGGUGUUCUGAUCGAGGUGUCCCCCUCUGUUCGCAUCCCGCGCACCUUCAAACGCUUCGCUGGUCUGAUGGUGCAGCUGCUGCACCGCCUUUCCAUCAAGGGCGCCAACUCGCAGGAGAAGCUUCUCAAGGUGAUUCAGAACCCCAUCACCGAUCAUCUUCCGCCCAACUGCCGGAAGGUCACGCUCAGUUUCGAGGCCCCUCUGGUUCGUGUGCGCGACUAUGUCGACACCCUCGGCGAUGACGAGAGCAUCUGCGUGUUUGUUGGCGCCAUGGCCAAGGGCGCCGACAACUUUGCCGACGCAUAUGUGGACGAGAAGAUUUCGAUCAGCAACUACAGCCUUUCAGCCAGUGUUGCCUGCAGCAAGUUCUGCCACGCCGCCGAGGACUGCUGGGACAUUCUAUAA